CUUUUAUUUAAAUACCGCAAAGGAUAUUUGCCCCGUUGGCGCCUUUUUUAAACUCCAUUUUAAAAAAUAAAUACAGAAGCUACAAAUUUAUCAUUGAUUCAAGAAGCUAAAGAUUUAAAAAUACAGGCUCCCACCUUAACGGAAAUCUCAUAUAUUUCUUUAUUACACUAUGGCCAUCAGCAAAAAAGUGGCUUUGGUCACUGGCUCAAACCAAGGCAUAGGAUUCGCCAUAGUUGAAGCGCUCUGCCAUUGCUUCGAAGGGGACGUGGUGUUGACCUCUCGCGACAAGGAGAAAGGCCAAGAAGCGGUAGCUCGGCUUCAGGCUAAGGGACUUAAACCGGUCUUUCACCAACUGGACAUUACUUGCCAGGACUCUAUCCGCAAUUGCGAGGAAUUUUUGCGGGAAAAAUACCGGGGCUUGGAUAUAUUAGUCAAUAAUGCGGGUAUAGCUUAUAAAAGAGACUCGAAUGCCCCUGCUUUAGAACAGGCUCGGAAUACCCUCAAAACUAAUUUCUGGGGCACCUUGAAUCUUUGCAAAGCCCUUUUCCCGCUUCUCAGAAAUCACGCUCGCGUUGUUAACGUGUCCAGCACUUGCGGAUGCCUCCGAAAUAUCCCUAAUCAUGCCAAGAGAGAAGAGUUUUAUACGGCACGUUCUACCAUGACCCUGGACCACUUAGAAUCUUUGAUGCGCCGAUACGAAUCAGAAGUAGAAACUAGCGCAGAGGAUCCUCAAGCUUGGGCUGCCCUCGGCUGGGGCAACUCUCAUUACGGGAUAUCCAAGGCUGGCGUCACAGCUGCUACAGCUAUAAUGGCUCGCGACUUUCCCCGCCAAUUUCCAGAUAAGCGGGACGUUCUCAUUAACUGUUGCUGUCCAGGCUAUGUUUCCACUAAUAUGUCUAGUUAUAAAGGACCUCUCUCUAUCGAACAGGGAGCCAUUACACCAGUGUAUUUGGCCACUUUACCACCCGACGAUGCAUCCAAUCCUAAUGGGCAGUAUUGUAAAGAAAAACAUGUGGCCGAAUGGUAGAAAUAUUUAUUGAUUGUCACGAUAUUUUAAAUGAUAUGAAUCAUUUUUACUUUUUAUAUCACACUCACAUAUUUCACGCUUUAUUAUCUAAAUUUUUAAAUAAUAAUUAUUACUUAAUAGUAAAUAUUAUAUUCCGUAAACAGCUCAAUUAGGUUAAUAGUUUAUAAAAUUAUUUUGUCCAAAUUGUUUUCCUAUUUUAAC